AUGGGGUGGACAGAAGACGAACUGGAAGAGUUGUGGAGGCUCACUCAUCUCUCCGAUCUUAUCGACGCCCUUUCGUACAUCAAUAUCCUUCGAUCAGCGUCGCUAGACGAUCAAUACAGUCGCAUGCUUUCAGAUGAAACCAGAUACCGCUUGAAACACCCCUUGCACGAACCUGAAGACCUCGGGGAUCCAGAUAUUCAGCUCUGUAUGGAGCUAUUCUUCAGCAAUAUCUCAGAGAGCGCGUAUAAGUCUGUUUGCAAUGCGAUCAAGCGACGCCAUCCGAACACAGAGGUCUACAGCCCAUAUGUCAUCAAGAGAAAAGUCGAAGAACUCAGUGGUGUCGAGCCGCUACGCUCAGACAUGUGUCUUAAUACAUGUAUGGCGUUCACAGGCCAUAACGCUGAGCUCACCGCAUGUAUUCGAUGCCACGAACCUCGUUAUGACGCGAAGCGGUCUCGCGUUGCGAAGAAAAACAUACCUCAGCAGACGUUUGUCACACUUCCGAUCGGUCCACAGCUACAGGCACUCUACAGAAAUCCCCGCCAGGCCCAGCGCAUGCGAUACCGAGAGACAAAGACCAACAGGGUCUUUCAUCGGAUCAACAUAGAGGGACGGCAAAUCGAUGUGUACGAAGACAUCUUCGACGGGGAUCAAUAUAUUCAAGCUGUUCGUGAUGGACGUAUUCGUCCUGGAGACCCUGUUCUCAUGUUUUCGAUCGACGGGGCUCAGCUUUACGAAUGCAAGCAAUCCGACUGUUGGAUUUACAUAUGGGUCGUUUUCGAUCACGCUCCGGACGCCAGAUACAAGAAGAAAUAUGUACUACCGGGCGCAGUUAUACCAGGACCUCGCAAACCGAAGAAUCUUGACUCAUUCCUUUUUCCAGGGUUUCACCAUCUUGCCGCUAUCCAGCGCGAUGGGCUCGGUAUCUGGGAUGCCAGUACAGACGUUGAGUAUACAUCUCACCCGUUCUUUUUUAUCGGUACUGCAGACGGCCCUGGGAUGGCUCUUUUAUGCGGUUUGGCAGGACACCAUGGUCGCAAGGGCUGUCGACUCCUAUGUGGAUUUCCAGGUCGACAUACACAGCGCUCGGGCCACUACUAUCCUGCUAUAUAUCGACCUAACUUCCGUAGCAAUGUUCAAGGAUCGAUGCACGAUGACUUUGACAUAAACAACCUACCUCCGGCAGGCUCGGACGAUUAUCACGCCAAUGUAGAACGCCUCAGUCGCUGUCGGACCGUGGGCGAGUACGAAGAAAUGCGAAAGGAGACUGGUAUCACAAAACCAAGCAUAUUCAUCGGUUUUGCUGACAAUCGCGUUCUCCGCGUACCUUUUUGCUUUGGUUCAGAUUGCAUGCAUGUAUGGAGUUUCAAUGUCGGCGACGAGAUGGUUCCUUUAUGGAUGGGUACCUUUGCAUCAAAAGGAGGCGAUGAUCCGACACAAUGGCCCUGGGCUGUUCUCAUAGACAAGGAUGCUUGGACUCGACAUGGUGCUCUAGUGGCUGAUGCAACGCCGUUCCUUCCCAACUCAUUCGACAAACCUCCUCGCAACAUAGCUGAACGCAUGCAUAGCGGAUACAAGGCUUGGGAAUGGAUUCUCUAUCUCUACUAUAUUUGUCCUGCUCUCCUCCUCGGCGUCCUUCCAGAGCCCUACUUUUCGCAUUUCUGUCGCCUUGUUCGAAGUGUUCGGAUCCUCGGUCAGUACAAGAUCACUCGAGAACAGUUAGAGGAUGCUCGGACGAACCUUCUUCGAUUUGUUGAUGACUUUGAAAAACUCUAUGUCAACUCCCGCCCCGAGCGCUUGCAUUUUGUACGACCCUGGUUACACACGCUGACACAUCUAGUCGGCGAAACCGAGAACAAGGGUCCUCCUAUCUGCUCGUCACAAUGGACGAUGGAACGCAUGAUAGGAAGUCUUGGCCGCGAGAUCAGAUCGCAAUCAAGUCCGUAUGCUAAUUUAUCUCAGCGGGCCACUCUUCGCUGUCAAAUGAAUGCACUUUCGGUAAUGUAUGACUUUCUCGAUCAAGACACACCACAGGACACGAUUCCCAAGGGCGCCAUCAUCCCAUGUGCGGGAUACGUACUGCUACCGAAACGAGACUCGACGCCAACGCCUGUAGGACAGGUAGAAGGUCAGGCAAUAUAUCUCGGCAUGCGAGAACGAAACAUCCCCGUGGCACAGCGUCCUCGAGUGCUCAAAUGGUCUCGCCUACGUUUGCCCAAUGGUCAGGUUGCUCGCUCACUCUGGAAAGAAUCUAUGAUGACCAGGCGAACGCGAAUGUCGCGUAAUGUCAAGAUUCAGAUUAAUCGUUCGAUUCGAUUCGCAGAAGUAUACUACUAUUUUCAGGCCGGCGACAACAAGACAUUUGCUCUUGUUUCGCUGUACGGAACACCAAACGAACAGAUAUAUCAGCAAUCACUCGGUACGGUUAUAGCUUGUCCGUAUCGAGGCAACGCAGACUUGCGUGUGAUCGAGAUCACGGACAUCAAGUCAGUUGUUGCGAUGGUCUUACACAAAUUCCCCACAUACGAUGUUCCUUUAUUUUACAUGAUAGAGCGGCCUGGUUUAGACAUCGCGCUAUUAACGGGAGAUGGAGACGUUUUAGCAGACUCAGACGUUGAUAGCAUGUAA